CCUGAAGGUGGUCACUGUGCGCAAGAUCCGAAUCAAUGAGAUAUGCGAGUCUUGUCUUUUUGCUUAAAGUCGUUGGGGGUGUCGAGCAAACUGUUGUCUCGAGGCUUCAUUCCUGCCAGGUUCAGGUCAACCCUUAGUCCAGAAGAUGUAGGCCUUUUUUCAUCCUAUCAGUGUAUACUUUCCAGAGGAUGCGUUACAUACAUUGGUGCUCUUUCGUUUUCCUUGCAGGGUCAUUUACUGUAGGUUCAGUCUUACUGACAAGAGACCUUGCAAAAGCCAAAAAAAUAUCAGAACAAAAAUAUGGUCUGCCAUCUAUUGGUGGCGACUUUAAUUUGGUUGACCAUAAUGGAAACCCAUGUAAAUUAGCUGAUUUCCGCGGAAAAUGGGUUCUGUUGUACUUUGGGUUCUGCCGAUGUCCAGAUAUAUGCCCAGAACAAAUAGAGAGACUUGUGGAAGUAUCUGACAGAAUAAUGCUUAUUGAAAAACCCAAGUAUCCCUUAGUGCCUGUAUUCAUGUCUGUCGACAGCGAACGUGAUACCCCAGAUAUUUUAGCUAAAUACGUUAAAGAAUUUUCACCACAUCUGAUCGGGCUGACCGGUACUAAAGAAGAAAUUGAUAAAGUUUCUAAGCUCUAUCGUAUUUAUUACAGUGCAGGACCAAAAGAUGCAGAUGGCGAUUAUAUUGUGAGUUUUUUUGGUGUUUAGUGGUUAUUCAGUACAUUGAAUGCGUGUUACGAGUAGCAUAUAUGAUGAAUUAGUGUUUAAAGUAUUGCUAAAUGGUUUUGGUUUUAUGAAAUUGUGGUGUUUGGGUUUUGGGUGUUGAGUGGCUUUCAAAUCGCUAGCAGCAAGAAGUCUGACGUGCGUGAAAAAAAUUUGUGAAGCUGAUGAGAUGCCGAACAAUAACUGCUGCCGACGUCUUGGACGAUGGGCAGAGUUUUUCAAGACGUUCAACUGGUCCGCUACCUCGGUGACAUCGACCAGACUUUCCUGCCCUUAGAAAACUAACUCGCUAAAAACCGCUAACCAGAAGAAAUAAUUCAAGCCAUUUAAACUCUGCCACGGGAGUUAGAAGGUCUUCAUUUAGAAAAGUUAUGACGCCUCAUGGUGGAACCUGAGUUCCUUCGGAAGUCACAAGGCUAAUGUCCCUUCCGACAACCGGAACAACGAUUAAUUUAGGCACAUGGAAUGCUCGUACAAUAUGGGAAACCGGGAGAGUCAUCCAAAUUGCUGCAGAAAUGGAAAGAUACAACCUUUCUAAAAAUGGUGGAGACCUGGUCAAUGAACUGAGUUAUUUACAAGUGUCUGGCAAUUAGAGUGUUCCAACGUCGUGGGAUGAGUUGAUAGUUGUCCCUAUCUUUAAAAAGGGUUCGCAUCAUCUUUACAUCAAUUAUCGGUGGAUAAGUCUACUUCCGAUUGCAUCCAAAGUGUUAUGACCUUGAUCUGUCUACUAUAGAUUAAAACCUCGACGCAAUAGGCUGACCGGUUUAACCUUGAGGCUAGUACGCGUGAGUUCGAGGCGAGGUAGAGAGAAGAAAACUAUUCUGUCACAUGAUUGGCUGACAAGCACGGUAAUGAAAGAAGACAAGACAACUGGAACACUAUUCGCUCUAUUCCGAUAUACUGCUUUCCUGUAAAUUCUCUGAAUUCAGAUUAGUGCAAAAAGGUACAUGAAUAAAUAGGUGAUUUACCCGACCACAACGUACAAUAAUUUGGGAAAACACAAUUAUGUCCAAAACUGGGAAUUAGAGUAGAAAAUAAAAUGCAAAAUAUUAUUUUUAAAUUACAAUAGCUUCGGAACAAAAAGGGGUAUGGCAGUGAAUGAUACAUCGAACGAAAGCUCAUGUUCUGUAGAAUAAAAUAGGGACAAAAAUAAAUGUCAGUGUUUUACAAGCUUUGAAUAAAAUGAAAUAACGUCCCGAAAAAUAGCUUUCGUAGUUUGUCAGGGCUUCUUGUUUCCCUGUUCACAUCACAAACUUCUUAGAUUUUCCGAACCCGAGGAAGAUUGACUCGCGGGGAGCAGGCUGGUUUUCGUUCCCAUGGAGGAUGUAUUGGUCACAGUUUCACCCCCCACACUAAAUCGUAGAACGUCUUACCUAUUACAGGCCAACAAUCAUAGUGUUUCUUGACAUCAGUGCCGCUUUCGAUUCGUCGGACAGACGUGUUCCCUGGGAUGGUCUAUUGAAGAAGGGUGUGCCUGAAAAAUUUAUUAACGUCUUUAAGGCUUUAUAUGCUGGCAUCUCAGACAGAGUUAUGGCAUACAACCACCUCUCCAUUGUUCCAUUCAAACAGUUGGGUUAGGCAGGGUUGUCUAAUUUCACCGUUUUUCUUCAACUUUGUUAGCGAUGACGUUGUGGAAACAGCCCUGAUGGAUGUAGAUAAUGAUAGUAUGGACCCGUUGCCUGGAGAAAGACAUUUCGAUCUUGAGUAUGCGGAUGAUAUUGUCUUACUGUGCGAUAACCAGUUAGCAAUAAGUGUCCGUAGGUAUGGUAUGUACUUUGCAUCUUCUAAGUGCAGGGCCAGGGUCCUGUACUCACCCUGAGUAGUGUGCAGAUAGAAGUAGUCGAGAAGUUCGUGUAUUUAGGUGGAUGUGUAAGUGGUGGUAGUGGCAUGAGUGAGUAGAUCAAUUCACGUAUAACGUAAGCCAGAGAGGCUUAUGUCAAUGCGGACCGCCUUCAUGAUAUUAGUCUGGUUUUUAAAGGUCGGAUCUAUAACGCGACGGUGAGAGCAGUUUUUCUCAACGCCUGUGAAACCUGACUUCUCUGAGUUAAGGAUGUUAUCAUCGUUGUUUCCGAAGGGUUGCUGACAUUCAAUGUCAACACUAUGUUAGUAAUACAGAGGUUCAACAUUGUGUGUUCGGGCACAGCGACCAUAAUUCAUUUGGUGUCACCACCUUGAAACACCGACUUCAGUGGUUCCACACCGUACAUUAUUUGCCGACGCUAAGACCGGUUGAAAAAAGCGGAGAGGUGGUUAGUGCACGUCAUGGUGUCGUGAUAUGAAAGAAAGCUGUACAGGACUGGGUUCUGUUGACCCUUCAAUAUUCCCUGGUGGGUUCCUGAAGAUGUUACAACGUAGUGGCUUGAAACUAUCAGAAAUAAUUCAGAGUAAAAGCCAGUGGCGAACCUGCUGUAACUUUCCUUUACUUUCUUCAUAAAAGUCAACGCAACUUUAACUGAAGGAAUUCUUUCUGGUUGUAUUUUACCUAACUGAACUGCUCUUUUCAUAAUAAUGAUAAUAAUGACAAUCAUAAUUUCACUCUCAUACAAUAAUUUUCGUUCAUUGUUGAUUUCCAUUUUUUAAUAUGCUCGCCUUCCAUUCCCCAUCUCUUCACAAUUUCAUUUUUAUUGUUUGGCGCAUAUAUAUUUGGUGCCCCCUCGUACCAAUAUUUAUAUGUUCAAAUAAACAAAUAAAUGAAAGAAUAAAGAAAUGAAUACUUGUUCGUCUGUCAAAUUGAUUGAAUUAAAUUUUAAGCUAAAUAAUUAAUUCCCUCGCUUAAUCUUUUGAUCGUAACAUAUCAGUCAGAUAGCCUCAUGCAGUAACAUUUGUAAGGAGUCAACCAGUUUGCACACUAUGUACCAUAAUGUCCAAUUUAUAAUCGUCACUUUUUUAUUUGUCGUUGAUUUGUUCUUAAUCCCCACAGGGAAAAUUGUUUAUGAUUCAUAGGCAUCAUGCUAAAAUCUCUUCGUUUUAGAUUGAUAAGGCCGUUUUUCUUCCUAAAAGUUACAUUCGAUAUCUGUUUUCGCACAAGUAUACUUCAAAACAUAAGUUUAUCCGCGAUAUUUUAAUCUGCCACUGUGUACAAAGAUCAAUUUUAUUAUGUCCGUUUAUUUACUGCAAAUUCAUAACCAAGCUCAAUUUUGUGUUCUCAUUGUUGAGUUACCGUAUGACCUAUUGGUUGAAAGUAUAGGUUUUCAACCACUAAACCACAACUUCGAUUGAUUUUCUUGAUGUCUGUGUAUGUGAAAGAUGUGUAUGUCAUAUCGUUAUGCAUGUAGAAGAAAUGAUAGAAACUCUGUUGCAUCUCGUCGAAUUCAUUCACCCUUUCGAUGGUUGACCACACUGUUAUAAUGUACUUACUGGAUCCGAAAGGAAAAUUCUCCGACUAUUAUGGACAAGUUAAACCAGUACAGGAGAUAGUACAAAGUAUUACAGAAAAAAUGAAUGCAUACAAAGACUAACACUUCGUAUGUUUAUAUGUUCACAUAUGUAUAGUGGAUUACUACUCUUUUAUUGUGUAAUCUGUUCAUUUUCAGUCAAAUAUAAACUACAAUAUUAUUUA